AGACAUCACGUUCAAUUGCUCCAUUAAAGUCCCUCAUUCGCUGGUCAGGCCAGACACCCCUGGCAUUUCCUUGUGGAAGGAUGGGAGGGAACUGCACAUGCUGGACCGCAUCGCUACCAGCCACUUCGAGAUCUCCGAUGAGGAGGAGGUAGCGAUGACCUCCACCGUCAGCAUCCAGGCUGCCCAGCGCUCAGAUAACGGCUCCUACAUCUGCAAACUCAAUAUCUCCGACGUGGAGAUUGCAUCAGAUCCAAUCUUCGUGCAGCUAGAAGGGCUCCCGCACUUCAUUCAGCAGCCGGAGAAGCUGAAUGUCACCAAGAACAGCCCUUUCAAUCUCACGUGUCAAGCCGUGGGCCCGCCAGAGCCUGUGGAGAUCUACUGGUUUCGUAACAACAUCCAAGUCAAUGCGAAGCCCCACAUCUCCCCAUCAGUCCUGACUGUACCAGGCCUUAACGAAACAGCGCUGUUCAGCUGUGAGGCUCACAACAGUAAAGGGCUGACUGCAUCGAACCCAGGGCAGGUCAAUGUGAAAGGAAUACCAUCUGCACCCACUAGUGUGCGUAUCCUGAGCAGAACGGCCCACAGCAUUGCAAUAUCCUGGGUCCCAGGCUUUGAUGCAUUCUCUGCUUUAAACAGCUGCAGCGUCCAGGUCAGGGAAGCUGUUCCACGAAGCAAUGUCUCACUUCUGCUCUUUAGCACCUCGGUGCCUCCCCAUGUGUAUCACAUCCAGCACCUGUGGCCCAUGGCGGACUAUAACAUUAGUGUUUCCUGCAAAAACGAAGUUGGCUGGUCAGCAUUUAGCCCCUGGAUAACAGCCAGUACCACUGAAGGAGCUCCCACCACCCCGCCACUGAAUGUCACAGUGUCGUUCAAUGAAUCCAACUCCUACCUGGAGAUCCGGUGGGUGAAACCACCCCUGGGGAAGAUACACGGGGAACUGCAGGGCUAUCGCAUCUGGUACGGGUGCCAGGACUCCAAGGGGUUGAAUGUCUCCUCUGAAGCCCAGCAGAACGCCAGCGUGGCCAUCCUGCCCAUGGAGACCACAAAUGUCACGUGCUCCGUGCGUGUGGCUGCCGUCACCAAGGGGGGAGUGGGGCCUUUCAGCAGCCCAGUGGAAAUCUUCAUCCCUGGCAGUGGUGGGUUAGUAACCUCAGCCCCCUCUUCGACUGCAGCCUCCAGGAAUGCAGACUCCUUUAUCAUAGCCCUGGGCUUUAUCUGUGGGACGGUUUCCGUUGGACUGAUCCUCUGCUUGUCUGUGGUCAUCCAGAAAAGAUGCCUGGAAACAAAGUAUGGGAAUGCUUUCAGCAGAAAUGAUUCAGAGCUGGCAGUGAGCUACACAGCUAAGAAGUCGUACUGCCGUAGAGCUGUUGAGCUUACACUGGGCAGCUUGGGCGUCAGCAACGAGCUCCAGCAGAAGCUGCAGGAUGUUGUCAUUGACAGAAAUGCCCUCAGCCUGGGGAAGAUCCUGGGAGAAGGGGAGUUUGGGUCAGUGAUGGAGGGGCAUCUCAGCCAGCCGGAAGGCACCAUGCAGAAGGUGGCUGUGAAGACCAUGAAGCUGGAUAACUUUUCCCAAAGGGAGAUAGAAGAGUUCCUCAGCGAAGCAGCGUGUAUGAAGGAUUUUGACCACCCCAAUGUCAUCAGGCUCCUAGGUGUGUGCAUUGAGCUGAGCUCUCAGCAGGUCCCUAAACCCAUGGUGAUUCUCCCAUUCAUGAAAUAUGGUGACCUGCACAGCUUCCUCCUUCGCUCACGGCUGGAGAUGGCCCCCCAGUUUGUGCCCCUGCAGACGUUGCUGAAGUUCAUGGUUGAUAUCGCCCUAGGGAUGGAGUAUUUGAGCAGUCGGCAUUUUCUACACAGGGAUUUGGCAGCGCGAAACUGCAUGUUACGGGACGACAUGACGGUGUGUGUGGCAGACUUUGGUUUGUCUAAGAAGAUUUACAGCGGCGAUUACUAUCGUCAGGGCCGAAUAGCAAAAAUGCCAGUGAAGUGGAUUGCAAUAGAGUCUCUGGCCGACCGCGUCUACACCACCAAGAGUGACGUGUGGGCAUUUGGCGUUACCAUGUGGGAGAUAGCAACGCGAGGGAUGACGCCGUAUCCAGGAGUGCAGAACCAUGAGAUCUAUGAGUACCUCUUCCAUGGGCACAGGCUGAAAAAACCGGAGGACUGCUUAGAUGAGCUGUACGAAAUAAUGUCUGCGUGCUGGAGAGUUGACCCUGCUGACCGACCGACAUUCUCACAGCUGAAAGUUCAUCUGGAGAAGCUGCUGGAAAGCAUACCUGCCACGAGGGGGUCCAGGGAUGUUAUCUACAUCAACACGAGCCUGCUGGAGGAAAGCCCAGACUCCACCCAGGACUCAGGGUUCCCCCAAGCGGACUCUGAUUUGGACCCUGCGGACAUUGCCGAGGCCUGCUCCUCCCAGGUGGAGACAGCACUGGUGGCCGUGGACGUCCACAACGAUGAACGAUGGGGGGCAAGGUAUGUCCUCAAGGGCACCAGCGAGGAGCAGCUCAGCAGCCUUGUGGAGGAGGCUUAUGUACCACUGCUGCCUGAUGCAACAGCCCCCGCGGGCCCGGCGUGGUCCGAGGCGAGCACCUUGCCCGUGGGCAGCUCGCUGGUGCAGGCACUGCCACACGCCAACGGCUGCGUGGAGGACACUGAAGUGCUGCUGUGAAACGGGAAGCCUGUGAAAAGGGGAAUGGAAGUCAGCCUAGUGAGAAAGACAGAGAUGUUAUAUUUUAAUAAAGAAUGGUCUGUUUUAUU